UUCUUGGGAAAACCACACCCAUAAUUAUACAUAAUCAUAUACCCCGGAGUACUAAAAAGCUCUCUAUCUCCAAAUACAUCUUUCAAUGGCAGCUUGAGAUUCUUUCAUAUUUCAUUACAAUAAAAAAAAAAAAAAGAAGAUGAUGAAAUCCCCUCUCCCCUUCCCACUCAUCCUUUCUCUUCUUCUACUACUAUUCCUUCCCCUCCAAAUCCCACCCUCCUCUGCACAGCUCUCCCCUUCAGAGAAAAGAAUCCUCCUCCAGCUCAAGAACCUUCUACAACACCCUCAAGUCCUCCGGCAAUGGGACAACGCCACGGACUUCUGCUCCCUCCGACACCCGACGAGCUCCCUCGUGGUCGCCUGCUCGGGCAACCACGUCACGGAGCUCGUCAUUGUCGGAGACCACCCCGGGGGGAAUAAACCCCCCUCCCUGGCGGUGUUGUCCACAGACACCCUCUUCACCGUCCUCACCAAGCUCUCCUCCCUCAGGAGGCUCUCCUUGGUGGGCCUAGGCCUGAGGGGAGGUUUGUCCGGGAAGAUUUCCCGGUUUUCUGGGCUCGAGUCGCUUAACGCGAGCUCGAACCGGCUCCAGGGGAGCAUCCCACAAUCCAUAGGGAGACUCAGGAGGCUGAAGAGCCUGGUUUUGAGGGACAAUUUGUUGAAUGGGAGUGUCCCAGAUCUGAAGGGCAUGUCCCAACUGGAGGAGCUUGAUUUGGGUGGAAAUUUCCUGGGGCCAAACUUCCCUCCAUUGGGCAAAAACCUUUCCAAGAUUGUCCUCAGCAACAACUCGAUAAGAUCCCCAGUCCCAGAACGAAUGCUGAAGAAGAUGAACAGUUUGCGAAUUCUCGACCUUUAUUCGAACCACUUCGUGGGCCCCGUUCCUCCGUCGCUCUUCUCGUUGCCAGCAUUGGAGUACGUGAACCUUGCAAGAAACCAGUUGAGCGGGGAGAUCCCCGCGACUGUUUCUUGCAGCAGGACCCUCAGGUUCGUGGACAUUUCGAACAAUUUGCUGGUCGGGGAGCUCCCAGGAUGUCUCCUGCAGACUCCCCAGGCAGUUUCUGCAGAGGCUGAUCAUGGCCUGACUGUGAUCAGCCUCUGGAACUGCCUGGGGAACGGGAGCUCCAAGUAUCAGCACAAGCUCUCGUUCUGCGCGAAGCAGGCGAUUGCGGUGGAUCCGAAGAAGAAGAAGGGGAAGAUGGGAGAACCGGCGACGGUGAAGCUUGGGGUGGUCGUCGGCGUGAUUGCCGCCGUUGUGGCGGUGGUUAGCGGCGUUGGGUUGUUGGGAAUUGGCGUUUACAAGAAAGUGAGGGGAAGAAAAAGAGAUGAUGAUGAACAGUAUGAUCGCCGGAGCAGCAGCUUCGCCUUUGACGUGAAUUCCACUAGGCAUUUAGAUGGAGGAGGGAAUUCGAGAAGGCCGAUGAGGAUGGUGUCCAUGGGGCUGCCACCUUACAAUGUGUUCACCCCGGAGGAAAUGGAGGAGGCAACCAACCAUUUUGAUCCAUCCAAUCUUGUUGGUGUUGGAUCAUCUCAACAGGUGUAUAGAGGAAAGCUUAAAGAUGGAUCAGUGGUCCUAGUCAACUGCCAGACAAUAUUAAUAAAGCAGCAGCAGCAGCAGAAGCAUUAUUAUUCACUUGAACAACACAUCGAUGCAAUGUCAAGGCUGAGGCAUAGGCAUUUGAUGAGUGUGAUUGGACACUCCAUUGCUGCCCCUUCCCAAGACCCCCACUCCCCCACCACUCUCUUCCUCGUCCUCGAAGCCGUCCCCGGUGNAAAAAAAAAAAAAAAACUGCAGGUGUAUAGAGGAAAGCUUAAAGAUGGAUCAGUGGUCCUAGUCAACUGCCAGACAAUAUUAAUAAAGCAGCAGCAGCAGCAGAAGCAUUAUUAUUCACUUGAACAACACAUCGAUGCAAUGUCAAGGCUGAGGCAUAGGCAUUUGAUGAGUGUGAUUGGACACUCCAUUGCUGCCCCUUCCCAAGACCCCCACUCCCCCACCACUCUCUUCCUCGUCCUCGAAGCCGUCCCCGGUGGUUCCCUCAAGGACCACCUCGCCGAUUGGAGGAAGAGGGAUGUUUUGAAAUGGCCACAGAGAAUGGGAAUGGCAAUGGGGAUUGCAAAAGGAAUACAGUAUUUACAUGCAGGAGGGGUUACUGGCAAUCACAUCAAACUUGAGAAUGUGUUGUUGGAUGACACUCUCACUCCUAGACUUUUCAACUACAACAUUUCCCUCCCAUCCAAGAUUGUUUCUGAAAGCCCUCCUAAUGCACAAGAUCAGAAUAUCAGUGCAAGAGUUGGAGAAAAAGAUGACAUAUAUCAACUAGGAGUGAUUCUGAUUGAAGUAAUUAUUGGUAGACCAAUCACAUCGCAAGCUGAAGUGCAAGACCUCAAACUACAGAUAGAGACUUGCUUAGCAGAAUCGCCGGGAAAACUACGCGAUCUAACAGACCCUUGCAUAAGAGGGACAUUCGCGUACGAAUCGCUCAAAACGACCGUCCAGAUCGCAUUGAACUGUCUCAGUGAAGAACGGAGCAAGUGCCCGUCCAUUGAGGAUGUUCUUUGGCACCUUCAGUACUCAUUUCAGGUUCAAGAAGGAUGGGGUAGCAGUGGAAACCUCAGUGGAAACCUAAGUGGGAACCUCGUUAAGAAGCUAAGUGGAAACCUUGGAGCUAAACUUUAUUAGCCAUUUUCAGAGAAAAUCGUGUUAGGGGCACUCCACCUUUCGUCUCACUUUCUCACAAACUUCUACAAACACUGAGCAGUAUUGGUGUCUAUAGAUGUUUGUGAAAAGAUUGGGCUAUAGGUGGGGUGCCCCUAGCAUAUGAUUCUUUCAGACAUUUUGGGUAUGGUUUUGUUUAUUACAAUUCAGUAGCUAGCCGAAUAAUAUGUGUUGCAACACAUCAUAUGUUUCAGGCUAUUAUCAAUCAAUUCUUUUGAGAUUUUCUGAGAUUCAAUGACUGGUGUUCUUUCAUUUUUUUUUUGUAAACAAAUACUGUAUGUAUUUACACUCUACUUAUGUCAAUUAUUUUGAAGGUGAUAAGCAUCAAACUGUUUUGAUGCUUUAAUCAGAAGGCUUUGUGUUUCAAUCUCAUAAAUCGCAUUUUCUUUA